CUCCCUGCCCCCACGCCCGCUCGGAAGCACCGGCCCCAGCGCCGGCUGGGGGUGACAGCCUGCGGCCCUCGGCGACGAGAAGGCCUUAGCCACCCUUCUUCUGGGCGCGGGCGGUGGUGGUGAGCCGAGGGAAUCUUGUCUCUCUGCUGGGGAUUAUGUAUGGUCGGUCUCAGGUCGGUGGUCAGAGCCCUUCGUCCAGAGGCCGUCGAGUGAACAGUGAGCCCUCUGCAUCUCUCAUUCGGCUAAUGUCUCCGCCGUCCCCCGCCUAGGCUAGAGUGAGCUGGGAGCCCGCUUCUCGGGAAGAGGGAAAUCUACAGCCAUGUAUUUUCUCAGUGGCUGGCCCAAGAGGCUGCUGUGUCCUCUGGAGUCCCUGGAGCAACCUCUUCAUAUCCGAACAGAUCCCCAGAGAGUUUUCUUCGCAGUGUUAUCCCCGUCUCAGCUAAGCAUCUGGUAUUGCAGACCCAGUGUAUUAAUUGUAAGCUACAAGGAACUACCAAAAGCGGCUUCUCAAUUUGGACCAUAUAAACAAGUGGAAUGGCGGCCUGACAGUACCAUGGUAGCUGUUUCAACUGCAAAUGGAUUCAUCUUAUUUUUUGAAAUCCCACCAGCAAGAGACAAGUAUCUUUAUGAGCCAGUGUAUCCCAAAGGAAGCCCACACAUGAAGGGAAGCCCGCAUUAUAAGGAAGAACAGUGUGCUCCUUCAUUGAAUCUAGCAAUGAAGAAAGUGCUGGACUUGCAAGCCUCUAUCACAAGUUUGCAGUCCAUGUUAGAGGAUCUACUUGUUGCUACUGCUGAUGGAUUUCUCCAUCUUGUUCACUGGGAUGGUAUGACCAACGGAAGGAAGGCCAUCAACCUGUGUACAGUUCCAUUCUCUGUGGAUUUACAAUCUUCUCGUGCAGGCUCAUUUUUGGGCUUUGAAGAUGUUUACAUAAGAGAUAUGGAAUACUGUGCCACGCUGGAUGGUUUUGCUGUUGUUUUCAAUGACGGCAGAGUUGGUUUCAUUACGCCAAUGUCAAGUAGAUUCACUGCUGAGCAGCUCCAUGGCAUUUGGGCACAAGAUGUGAUUGAUGGAACCUGUGUGGCAGUAAAUAACAAAUACAGGCUUAUGGCAUUUGGAUGUGCCAACGGCUCUGUGCAGGUUUAUACAAUAGAUACCACCACUGGCGCCAUGCAGUUUUCUCAUAAAUUGGAGCUGACACCAAAACAAUAUCCUGAUAUUUGGAAUAAAACAGGACCUGUUAAAUUAAUCAGAUGGUCACCUGAUAGCUGUGUUGUGAUGGUGACCUGGGAUUGUGGAGGCUUCUCCUUAUGGAGUGUUUUUGGUGCUCAGCUUAUUUGUACUUUAGGAGGUGAUUUUGCGUAUCAGUCUGAUGGUGCCAAAAAGGAUCCUCUAAAGAUCAGUUCUAUGACCUGGGGAUCAGAAGGGUAUCAUCUGUGGGUUAUUGAUGGGAAUUCUUCAAACAUGAAACCUGAAAGAGAUGCAAAUAAUGAACCUCGCCAGUUUGGUAUUCUGCAAUUUCAUUUCAUCAAGAGUGCACUCACUACUAAUCCAUGUAUGAGUAACCAGGAACAAGUCCUCCUUCAAGGAGAAGAUCGCUUGUAUUUGAAUUGUGGAGAUGCAACACAGGCUCAGAGUCCCCGAAGUACUUCACCACACUCUGAACAUAAGCCUACAAGGGAACGAGGCCCAUUUUCAGAUGGCAGUUUAGAUUCUCAGGGUUUAAGCACUUUACUAGGACACAGGCAUUGGCAUGUUGUACAGAUCCAUAGUACAUAUCUAGAGAGCAACUGGCCAAUAAGGUUUUCAGCUAUUGACAAGCUUGGACAGAAUGUAGCUGUUGUUGGCAAGUUUGGUUUUGCACAUUAUUCUUUACUCACCAAAAAAUGGAAGCUGUUUGGAAACAUUACCCAGGAGCAAAAUAUGAUGGUAACAGGUGGCUUAGCGUGGUGGAAUGACUUCAUUGUUCUUGCAUGUUAUAAUUUAAAUGAUCAUCAAGAAGAGCUGAGAAUCUACCUGCGAACAUCAAAUCUUGACAAUGCAUUUGCGCACAUCACCAAAGUGCAAGCAGACACGUUACUACUGAGUGUCUUCCGGGACUUUGUGAUACUGUUCAGAGCAGAUUGUUCCAUUUGCCUUUACAGUAUCGAGAGAAGGUCUGAAGGUCUUAACUCUACUGCCAGUAUCCAAGUUCUUCAAGAAGUGUCCAUGUCUCGCUAUAUUCCUCAUCCUUUUCUUGUAGUGUCUGUUACAUUGACAUCAGUGAGGACAGAGACCGGCAUCACGUUGAAGAUGCCUCAGCAGGCUUGUGAAGCUGAAAGUAUUAUGCUAAACUUAGCAGGACAACUCAUCAUGUUGCAGAGGGAUCGAUCUGGACCCCAGAUACGAGAUAAGGACAAUAAUCCUAAUCAAAGGAAACAUUUGCCUUUUUGUGCUCCAGUCGUCCUAGCCCAGUCUGUUGAAAAUGUGUGGACGACUUGCAGGAUCAACAAACAGAAACGCCACCUACUGGAGGCUCUGUGGCUCAGCUGCGGUGGGGCAGGCAUGAAGGUCUGGCUUCCCCUGUUCCCCAGAGACCAUCGAAAGCCGCAUUCGUUUUUGUCAAGACGGAUCAUGCUGCCUUUCCACAUCAACAUAUACCCAUUGGCUGUUUUGUUUGAAGAUGCCUUGGUUCUUGGUGCUGUUAAUGACACUGUGCUCUAUGACUGUUUAUAUACUCAAACCAGUGCUAGAGAACAGUUAGAGGUUCUCUUUCCUUUCUCCAUUGUUGAAAGAACCUCUCAGAUCUACCUCCAUCACAUUUUACGCCAGCUGUUGGUGAGGAACCUUGGUGAACAAGCCUUGCUUUUGGCCCACUCCUGUGCCACAUUACCAUACUUUCCUCAUGUACUAGAACUGAUGCUUCACGAAGUGCUGGAAGAAGAAGCUACCUCGCGGGAACCCAUUCCCGACCCUCUGCUUCCCACUGUGGCAAAGUUCAUUACAGAGUUCCCCCUAUUCCUGCAGACAGUUGUUCAUUGUGCUAGGAAGACAGAAUAUGCCCUGUGGAAUUACCUUUUUGCUGCUGUUGGAAACCCAAAAGACUUAUUUGAGGAGUGCUUAAUGGCGCAGGACUUGGACACAGCUGCCUCCUACCUUAUUAUCCUACAGAAUAUGGAAGUUCCAGCAGUUAGCAGACAGCAUGCUACUCUGCUAUUUAAUACUGCCUUGGAGCAGGGAAAGUGGGAUCUUUGUCGUCAUAUGAUUAGAUUUCUUAAAGCCAUUGGCUCUGGAGAAACAGAGACCCCCCCAGCUACACCAACAACUCAGGAACCUAGUUCAAGUAGUGGCUUUGAGUUCUUCAGACACCGCAGCAUUAGUUUAUCCCAGUCGGCAGAGAAUCUCCAUAGCAAAUUUAACUUGACAAAAACACUAAGUAUGCCCUCUGGCCCAUCUGGAAAAAGGUGGAGCAAGGACAGUGACUGUGCAGAGAACAUGUACAUUGACAUGAUGCUCUGGCGGCAUGCUCGGCACCUGCUGGAAGAAAUCAAGCUGAAAGACCUGGGCUGCUUUGCAGCACAGCUGGGCUUUGAGCUGAUCGGCUGGCUGUGCAAGGAGCGAGCCAGAGCUGCCCGCGUGGAGGACUUUGUGUUUGCUCUGAAAAAGUUGCACGAGGAUUUCCUCUGGCCAUUUCCAGUCAUACCAGCUCCAUCCAUUAAUUCACCUUUCAAGAAUGGAAAGUGCAAGACAGCUAUAGGGGAGCAGCUGCUAAAAUCUCAGUCUGCAGAUACCUUUGUAAAUAUGGAAAUGGACACAGAGGCUUCAAACACACCUAGGAGUCGCAGCUGGCUUGGCACUAUCAGCUCCUCUCAGAGAGAGAUUGACACUGUUUCAUCCCAUGGACCACACAUGCAAGAUGCAUUCCUUUCUCCUCUGCUAAGUAAAGGUGAUGAAUGCAGCAUUGGUUCAGCAACAGACCUGACUGAAACAAGUUCUAUGGUAGAUGGCGACUGGACCAUGGUGGAUGAAAACCUCUCCAGUUUAAGUUUAACUCAGUCAGAGCUUGAGCAUCUCUCUCUGGAACUGGCCAGUAAAGGACCGCACAAGUCACAGGUCCAGCUGCGGUACUUGCUACAUAUCUUCAUGGAAGCAGGAUGCCUGGAUUGGUGUAUUGUCAUAGGCCUUAUUCUCAGAGAACCUUCAGUAAUCAACCAGGUUUUCAGUAUAAUGCAGUCUUCUGAUAUUGAUGGAGAAAUCUGUCAGAAUAUCAAGACUGGCCUAUAUGCUGUUGACAAGUGGGCUUCUACAGAUUGCCCUGGGUACAAGCCAUUUCUAAAUAUCAUCAAACCACAGAUCCAGAAACUAAGUGAAAUAGUAGAAGAGCAAGUACAGCCAGAAGCUUUUCAACCUAUGAAUCCUUCUAAGGUUAUCGAACAAGUGAGCCCUAGAGCUGAAGAAAGCAGGACUUCAUCUAGUCACGGCAGUAAUCCUCAGAGUGAUGCUGGCAACAGCAGUGGAAGCAGGCAUGAAGAGGACAAAUCUAAGACAGAGGAUGAGGAUUCCUUCCAAGAAGGCAGUUAUGACUGUGUUGUGUCUUAAACAGAAGAUGGACAACUUCCCAAGCAUCAGGUGUGAAAGGAAGCAAACCAGCUCUUACACAUGCUUCCAUGUUUUGGAUUUGAACUCUCUUUG